AUGAUUUUCAAAGUGCUUCACGUUCUCCUUCUCCUUUUCACGCUCGCCUCACUGACGCACUCAGUGACGACAGAGGAACUCUACAAGGGCGUCCUCUCACUCGAUGAACUUACUUUUGACAAAGUUGUCUCUCGGUUUCGCUAUGCCCUCGUCAAGUUUGACCAUCCCUAUCCUUACGGCGUCGACCACGAGAACUUUGUCCGACUGGGCAAACAGCUCGCCAAGCUGAAGCGAACUGACGUCAUUGCGGUGAACCUCGAGGUGAAGGACUACGGUGAACAGGACUCGCUGGUGCUCACCAAGCGGUACUCAGUGCCCAAGGAGGACUUUCCGGCGCUUCGACUCUUUGUCACGCCGCCCAACUGCAAGGUGGCCAACUUCACCUCGCUGAAGCCGGUAGUGUACGAUGAAGAGCGCAACCUGACGACCAACAAGAUCCACCUCGAUCCAGUGUCAAUGCGACUUUUCUUCUGGCGUGAGACGGGCAUUCACGUCACACUGCCCAACUGUACAGCAGAUCUCGACCAGUUGGCGGCAUCUUUCCUUCAACACAUCUCUAGAAAGUCAGCUGAACAGCCACUGGAAGGAGAGGACCUUCAAAAGGCCCAGAAGAUCAUCAGUCAGGUAGAGUCCAUGUCAAAGAAGAGCUCAACAGAGAAGCGAAAGGCGGCUGCCAUGUAUUUGAAGUACAUGCACAAGGGCCUAGAACGAGGGCUGCUCUUUUUUGAGAGCGAGGAGAAGCGCAUUCUCAACCUGCUGAUCGACGUCAAGGAGAACAUCACCGCCGCCAAAAGGAAGGUUCUUCAGGCGCACUUUAAUGUGCUGCAGAGUUUCAGGGUGAACCAGUACCCAGAGGAGACGCCUGACGAGCAGUUAAUUUCAAAAACGCAGACACGGGAAAAGUCGUCGCCACCUAAAGAUACGUCUGCAAAAGCCGAGUUGUAA